CGACACAACAACACUCCGCGGCCCACAACACAGAGUUUACAUGAUGAACAAUUGUUGGCAUACGCGAAAGUACACUCACCAAGGCAUCUGAUCUGAUCGUAGCAAUGAAACCAGAAAAAAGUGUCGAAUUUUACAUAGAAUUCAGAAAGCUCCAUCGAUAAAGAAUAUAUUAGCUAAAAAUAUAUUAGCUAAAAAAAUCAUUAAAAUCUACAAGAAAUGUGCCAAUAGAAAACCAAUUAAAGCAAUGCGCGGUACGGUACGUGACUUCUCUGCGAGUUGAUUUUCGCGCUGUGUUUGUAAUGUGCCAGAGGAGAAAAGUCCAACAAAAAUAGUACAAAGAAAAGUUCAAGUGAAAGCAGAAAGCGAUACAGAAAGUACUGCAAAGCAAGCAAGAGAAAAAGUGGAAUCAACUCAAGUGAAAGAAGGAAGAAUAUAGCAAAGUGUACGAUGGCGCCCAUUCAGGUGCCCCCACUUUGGUCGAGCCUGACGCUGGAGCCACGCCGUCCCACCCCAGUGGCCGUGGCCAAUCGCGCCCGCUGCAAUCUGUUCGGAACCGAUCGGGACGAGGUUAGCGCCAGCAUUAAUAAGAGCCUGGCCAACGUAACGGAAAAAGGCCUGUGCCGCGUCCGGGCCAGAUAUGGCGUGGAUAUUCUGGCCGAGGAGGAGCUCGAGCAGCUGAACCGUCUUUACAGGCUCCCUUCCAAGUGUCAGACGAUGCCCUUUGAGCCCUCUCCAGCGGGGGUGGCACUGACGCCUAGCCAGAUUGCAACCACCGCCAAGGUGAUCACCAACUGCGCUGAACGCAAGGACCUGAUGAUUAGAUCAUGCGGGCAGAAGCCGUACGGACGUCUUCCUCAAGGGAUUAAAGGCUUUUACCGCGAGCGCAAGGCCCCCAAAACCAUUUCGAAUGUGCCAAAAUGCAGCAACAACAAUAACAACAACAAGAAGAACAACAAUAACAACAACAACACUAACUGUACCGCUAGGGUUCUGGAUAGUGGUAAUAGCGAAAUCGGAAAGAUCGUGAAUAAGAAGGACGAGUAGGAGUCGUGCAGCCGCAGGUGCAGCCGCAACAACCAUUGCAAUACAUUAUAUUUAUUGUGAACGUAAUUUUAAUGUUUUGAAAGUGAUUUGUUUUUUUUUUUUUAUUUACGUAUGCAUAAAGCUUUUAUGUAUAUAAUUGUUUAAACAAAGACUUGACGGUCCCAAAUGUUGUCCAACAAAAAGCGCCAAGUCGAAGAGCGCUAAAAAGCAGACGAAAAGCGAAAAACAACACGAAAAGAUCAACGCGCGUGCAUAGCCGAAACGUGCGCGAAAAAAACCCGGAUGCAUAGCGAUAGAUAUAACUAUUGAAAUUAUGAAGAUAUAUAUUAUGUAGAUGUAUUUAUUUAUAUUUAUGUAGAGAGAGAGAGAGAUAUCUGUGCAUUAGCAUACGUAAAUGAUAGCAAAACGAAAGACUUCAAUUGGUAUCAGCGCACUUUUAUGAUAGAUUAAAUUGUAAUUAGGAAAUUGCAUCUGUACGAUCUUGCAGAUAACAAUGAUGGUCUCUUGCUAUGCAUCCACUAGAUAUUAGAUAACACCCAAACCCCCAAAACCCACACCCCCCACCCCCCACUUCCCAAAAAUUCAAGCGUUCUCAGCGUGUUUCGGUUUUUGAUGCACGCGUGUGCCAAAAGUAUUCGAAAUGUACUUUGUGUCAUGAUCUCAAUAAUUAAAAUGUAAUUAUAACAGAAAUUAUUUAAACAAAUCCCUCUUUAAGCUCAUACACACACGCACCCUGAUCGUGUCUAUGUCUUUUUAUCUGUACGUUCAAUCAUCCAUGUACGAUUAUAUAUGUAUAUUAUUUCGUCAAAAUUAUUUCUCUUAGCUUUCGACUCUCCCAAAUAUUUUAUUUUUGAACAACCAACCUGUGUAUAUUGUAUGGGACUUACGCUCCCAAGCAGCUAACAAAAAAACAAAAACAACAAAAACAUUGUGUAUAUUUCCUCCAACGAAACUAACAAAUUUUGUCAAACUUACGCAAACAAAAAAAUACUGUAAAGAGCAAAAAACAAA